ACGUCAGCGCGUUGACGGGACACUUUUUGAAAUCUUAUGAAGCAUGUUACAUUCUAUGUGUUCAGAAGUAGGCGAAUGUGAUUUAAAUCUUUGGGAACCCUAAACUUUAUAUAACAUAUCUAAUAAAUUAUAAGUGAUGUCGAGUGAAUGAGAGUUUACGGGUGACGUCAGCAGCACCAUGCACACAUGUAAACAGAGUUUGUCCAUGUGGACGGUGUUUCUAACUCUCGUGCCUGUGGUCUCCUGUUCAUCUGUGGAAGUUCAAGUAAAGGUUGACAAGCCACUGCGAAACCUGCAGCACUUCUGGAGAAGCACUGGAUUCUGUCCUCCACAGCCUCACACUGAUGCACACCUGUAUGAUCUGAGUAAAGAUCAGCAGAUGAAUCUUGCUCUCAUCGGCUCUGUGCCUCACAGAGGACUCCAGCAGGUGCGCAUACAUUGGAUGCUGGAGCUGGUGUCUGCACAAGUGUCCAGAGUAGAAUAUCAUUAUAACUUCACUGACUUGGACCAAUUGAUUGAUCUUCUCUGGCAGAAUGGACUUCAGCCUGGGUUUGAACUGAUGGGAAGUGUUUCUAACACAUUCAGCAACUUUGAAGAUAAAAGACAAGUUACAGAAUGGAGGAAUUUGGUGUAUUUGACUGCUAAACGAUACAUGUUGAAGUACGGCCUCGGCUCAGUUUCUCAGUGGAACUUUGAGACGUGGAAUGAGCCGAAUAACCACGACUUUGACAACAUCUCUGUGUCACUACAAGGUUUUCUCAACUACUAUGACGCCUGCUCUGAGGGGCUCCGUGCAGCGAGUCCACUGUUGAAGUUUGGGGGUCCAGGAGACUCGUGUCAUUCUCCCCCCCACUCACCGUACUGCUGGGAAAUGUUACAACACUGUUACAAUGGCACAAACUACUUUACAGGAGAGAGCGGUGUACGGCUCGACUACAUCGCGCUGCACAAAAAGGGCGGAGGAAGCACGUUACCCAUCCUGCAACAGGAAGUUGCUACAGUUCAGGAAAUCCAGCAGCGGUUUCCACGGUUACGCUCUGUCCCCGUCUACAACGAUGAAGCAGAUCCGCUGGUUGGCUGGAAUAAAGCGCUCACCUGGAGAGGAGACGUUACCUAUGCAGCCAUGGUGGUUAAGGUCAUCUCGCAGCAUCAGAACCUGCUCAUCGCUGAUCAAAACAAUACAGUCAACUACACGCUGCUCAGCAACGACAACGCUUUCCUCAGUUACCACCCGCACCCGUUUACCCAACGCACCCUGACUGCCCGAUUCCAGAUCAACGACACCAACCCGCCCCACGUGCAGUUACUACGGAAACCAGUUCUGACUGUGAUGGGGCUGCUAGCGUUGUUAGGUGAGACUCAGGUGCAGGCCGAGGUUUUGAUUAACAGCUCUGAAAUGAAUUCAUCAGUGGGUGUGUUGGCCAGCGUUCACCUUCCUCGGGUGUCAUACACAGCCGACAGCUGGCAGACCACCGUUCUGCUGUAUAACAGCAAAGACAACCAGACCUCCAACGCCACUGACUUCAUCACUCUGCGUCUCACCGGUAUCCCAAAACAAACGGGUCUGAUGUAUGUGACACACUAUAUGGAUAAUAAUGUGACAAACCCAUUUAAGCUGUGGGACAUCAUGGGACGCCCAGACUACCCCACUACACAACAGUUUACACAACUGCGGAGUCAAGAGGAUCCACGAACAGCCGGACCGCUACCGGUUCAUCCUGAUGGAUCUCUGACACUAAAGACAGGUCUUGACGUUCCAUCUUUGCUGCUAGUACAUGUGUGUGCCAAAUCUAAAGAAAAACCUGACCAGGUGAAUGGGGUUCGUUUCAUCGCUGUCACCAAAGGUCAAGUUCUGAUCGUGUGGAAGGAUCACUGCAUCGGUACCAAGUGUAUAAAGACGUAUGAGGUGGAGUUUUCCAAAGACGAGAGUCUUUUCAAGAGGAUCAAUCAUAGAGACACUAUCUUCACCCAUUUCACUUAUUCUCCAGAUCGUCUGGAUGUCAGCGGAUACUACAGAGUGAGAGUUGUGGAUUACUGGGACAGACACGGGGAGUAUUCUCUCAUAGAGAACUACUCAGAGAAACACUAGUAUUACAGAUUUAGCCUGCGACACCAGAAUACAUUCUUUCAUCGACCAAUCAAAACACAGCGGUGUGAGUUUGCACUGGUUUCCUUGUGGAAAUUGAUUUGGCUAGUUAUCAAGAACCUCAACACAAAACAGUGUCUUAUAAGGAGCCAAUGCAGGAAACAAGUCCUGCAUCUAGUUUAUAAUAUACUGAUUAAACCAACUUUAAUAUUCAUAUUCUAUAUUACUAACUGUAUGUAUAGUAUUAGCAUCAUUCCGUGUCAAAUCAACUACAUUUUACAAACAACCCAGGGUGAAACUUUAACAUUUGAGCUUUCUUUUACUGGAGAAAGAAAUACAUAAAUGAUGAUUCAGUGCAUGACACUAAACUAUCUGGACUAGCCUUUCAACAUUCAUUCCUGCAAAUUCACAAUUUUUUUUAUUUAAUAGAUGUUGAACGUGUAAUGUAUUUUCUAUUGUAAGUGUAAUCAUGAUUUGAUAAACCUGAUACCCUGCCUAUAAGAAUAUUUUUUAUUUUUAUGCAGUAAAUGAAUUAUUUUGUUCAUAGGCUUAGGCCAUAACAUCAGAAAUUAACCAACCCAGACUUGCUAAAGAAGAUCAGGUACAAGAUGAUUCAAUAUCUUAGCUCUUCUGUUCCAAUUGACUUUUAAUGUAGUUCAUUGCCGUCACUUAUUAAAGAACAGACUUGGGUCAGA